CUAUGGAAGAAUCCAACAAAACAGUGAUGACAUAUUUUAUCAUUAAAGGGAUUUCUGAUGUCCCAGCAUUACAGCUUCCAAUUUUUUUGUUGGUCCUGCUGAUUUAUCUCAUCAUUGUAGGAGGUAAUAUGACCAUAUUUCUACUGAUCUCCACAGAUCGCCACCUUCACACUCCAAUGUAUUUCUUCCUGGCCAAUCUGUCUAUCCUUGAUGUCUGCUGCUCAACAAUAACUCUCCACAAACCUCUUAUUACAUUUAUCACUGGAGAUAAAUCGGUUUCGUUUGUUGGUUGUGUGAUGCAGAUGUUCUUCUUUUUAUCAUUCACAUGUAAUGAAGUGCUAAUUCUGACAGCAAUGGGUUAUGACCGCUAUGUGGCUGUCUGCAACCCUUUACGUUACCAGGUAAUUAUAAGCCGCAAAGUCUGCUGUGGUCUGGCUGGUGUCUGUUGGGUUUUGGGUUUCUUAGAUAUCAUGCCUUGUGCUUUGAAAAUAUCAUCCAUUUCCUGUUACACAUCAUUGGAGGUCAACCAUUUCUUCUGUGACCUUGUACCAUUAAUGAAACUAUCCUGCAGUGACACCUCUGCUUUGCAACUUUAUGUGCUAAUUGAAGGAGUGUUCCUGUCAGCAUUUGUUCCAUUUAGUCUCACUUUUAUAUCAUAUGUUUUUAUUAUAAGAAGCAUACUGAGAAUACGUUCCAGCAAGGGGAGGUGGAAAGCCUUCUACACAUGUUCCUCACAUCUCACAGUCAUCAUUCUUCUUUAUGGCACCUUGUCUUACCAAUACUUCAGACCAGUUGAAUAUAUUACACUGGGUUCCAAUAAACUUUCUUCUCUCUUUAACACCACUGGUGUUCCGAUAUUAAACCCCCUGAUUUACAGUUUGAAGAAUAAAGAUGUUAAGUCAGCCUUUAAGAGAAAGUUUCGGAAAAUUUCAAAUGUGAAAAAUAACACAGAGUAACAAUAGUAAUAAUAUUUUAUUGACUUAUUAAAAAGGACAGCGAAAACAGCCCCGAAGACAAGUCAAUAUACCAUAUCCCAUGCAGUAUACACAAAUGUAGCCAGGUGCUUGGCUAAGAGUGGAAAGUGAGAGUAAAACUGGCUGCAGCUACUCCCUGCGAUUCCUGCCCUGUGAUGUUGAACUGGUUAAUGGACUAAGUCGGGCAGCACUGUACUGUGGGAACUGUAGUCUACUGUAAUCGAGAGUUUUUGAACUGCAUUUCCCAGAGAGAGAUUGCCAAGACGAGGUGGAAAAUAAACAUUUCUACUGCUGUACAGGACACAGCUUCCUCUUGCAUCAUUACAGACAUUAAUUACAGACACACAUGAACUUUAAUGGCAUCCCAGUCUUUACGGCAGGUGUCCCAAUACUUAUGACAA